GGCAAUACCGGUAUGGGCAAGUUUUACAGGAUGCAGAUAGGAACUCAUCUCAACAGUGUUGCCCUAAGAGAUUAAUGUACAUAGUCUAUUUACUCAUGAUUCCUCUAGUAACACUUUGGGAGUCACAGCUAUCCAUGAACUUGGAUUUUGGGGAGUAGUGGGCUCUCAGAGAGCAAAAGAUCAUUUUCAAGCAUCUAGAACUCUGCUCAAGGAUCCUUUCCAGUGAGAAAGAUGAUACAGAGAACUUCAGCAGAGCAAAGUGGGCUUUGGUAGCCCGUCAAUAAUAUUUAUAUGAAUCACACUUGACUGGUGAGUGACUACUACAGCUGUCAGAAAGAGACAUUGGGAGGAUCCAAGGAAAUACAGACUUGUAAGUCUGACUUUAACAGUCAGAAAGAUAAUGGAAACAUUUAUAAAAGACAAGAUUACAAUUCAGCUAGAGAUGUGAUUUAGUAAGGGGCAGCCUGCAUGGAUCUGUAGAAAAAGGAAAAUCAGUAUCUCGUAUGUAAAAGAAAGCUAGAAAGUAAAAAAGAAGCAUUGCUGAUACUUUCCAAGGAACUGGACACAUGUCAACAGGAGAGAGACCAGUACAAGCUUAUGGCCAAUCAGCUGCGGGAACGACACCAGUCACUGAAAAAGAAAUACCGGGAGCUGAUUGAUGGGGAUCCCUCUCUUCCUCCUGAAAAAAGGAAACAGGCUAAUCUUGCCCAACUAUUGAGUGAUUCUCGGGAUCGAAAUAAGCAUCUGGGAGAAGAAAUUAAACAACUUCAACAAAGACUUGGAGAAGUACAAGGAGACAACAAGCUCCUUCGAAUGACAAUAGCAAAACAAAGACUUGGAGAUGAAGAAGUUGGGGCACGCCACUUUGCAGCACACGAGCGAGAAGACCUUGUUCAUCAGCUGGAGAAAGCACGAGAACAAAUUGAGACUCUGGAACAUGAUCUUCAAGCCGCGUUGGAUGAGCUGCAGGAUGUAAAAGAAGAGCGCUCUUCUUAUCAAGAUAAAACAGACCGACUCAACCAAGAGCUUAAUCACAUCCUGGGAGGACAUGAAAAUCGCAUCAUUGAUGUAGAUGCCCUGUGUAUGGAAAACAGAUACCUUCAGGAGAGAUUAAAGCAACUUCAAGAGGAAGUCAACCUUCUUAAAUCUAAUAUUUCUAAGUACAAGAAUGCUCUAGAGAGACGGAAAAAUUCAAAGAUUCACAGUAGAUCCAGCAGCAGUGCACUGACUGGAGUCCUUUCUGCAAAGCAAGUCCAAGAGUUGUUAUCGGAGGACCAUGGUUGUAGCCUACCAGCCACGCCACAGUCCAUUUCAGAUCUCAAAUCUUUGGCUACUGCUUUGCUGGAGACUAUCCAUGAGAAAAAUAUGGUCAUACAACACCAAAGGCAAACCAACAAAAUUCUAGGUAAUCGGGUGGCAGAAUUGGAGAAGAAGUUGAGAACUUUGGAAAUUUCUGGUUUGUGGAGUCUUCCAGGUGGAAAAGAUACUAUAACAUUCAGUGACCCAACCCUGCCUGUUCUACAGAGGUCAAGAUCGCCAUUGCUAACAUUUGCUGACAAGCCACAACAGAAUCAAGCACAGAGGCAUGAAGCAAAACAGAAGGGAAAAGAAGAUGAAAUUUAUGCUGUUUCAACAGAGUUGACAGUUCCAGAGGAAGCUGCUACGGUCUACAACAAUUCCCAAGCAAACAUAAAUAACAGUAACCAAACUAAGCCUUUUCAUCCCUCAUUACCCAAGGUUCCUUCUGAGGAGGAAGAAAUAAACAGUCUUGGAAGUGAAAUAAUUAAAUUGACAGAAGAACAGGCAGCUGCAGAACUGGAAGGGAGCAGAACAGAAAGUCUACCGGAGGGCCGGAGUACAAUGGACCAAUCAGAACUUAGCAGCUCAUCCAAGGAAGAGUCCCCCUUAUCCAGCCCUGACCCAUUUGACCCUGUGGAGCCAUCAAACUCCAAGAAUGAGCAUGCAGCUGAAAAUUGGGUCCUGAAAGACCAUGAGGAAACCUCAGAGAAUGAAUGUGAAAAUGUAAAUAAGAGAGAGGGUGGAAAUGGCAACACACUGGACACUGAAGACACAGAAGGAUGUGGAGAACUAACUGUUUCAACCUCUGACUUAAGCAACAUCUCCAGUAGUCCCCCUGAACCUGAGUGUGACAAAUCAUCUGAUCCUGCUGAAUGCUCUGAAUAUUUGGAUAACAGCAUGGCUUGUGGUAUGAAAUCCAAGAUCUCAAGUUUCUCCCUUUCAUCCUCUUACAGUGGAAGCUGUACUGCCAUGAAUACGGAUAGUCACUGAAUUAAUCUGCCAUAGAAUUGGGUUUUUUACGUCGGUCUGUCAGCAUUUGUCCAUUAAAAAGAUGUUUUUUUCUAUUAACAUUGACUCUGCUUAACCAAAAUAAUGUAAAUACAUAAAAUGGGUAGAACUUGAAAAUGAUGGGGGGCAGGGUUAAUGAUGGCUCUGGUGUUUAUAGUGAUUGAAGUUUCUAGAGAGACUGACAUAGUUGAGAAAAAUGGGGCCAAGAGACUCACCAUUAUCCUUUAUCAUGUCAAGUCCUAGCUGGGUCUCCAUAGCAUGUAUGUUCUUGUCCAAUGCACAAUGCCUACUGGUAUGUAUUUUAAGGGUUUCAAAUGGCUAUUUUCAGCAGAUGAAAAUUUGAAAUGAUAAACUAAAAAGGAUCUAACGGUAA